UCUUCAUAAAAAUGAUAUGAUCAAAAUAAUCAACAAGAAGAUCAUACACACACAAGAAUCCUUCCUCAUCCUGCUAUAGCUACUCAAGCACAUGAUCAACUAAUAUAACUCGAUCGAUCGAUCAAUAUCCCUAUAAUAAUGUUAUCUAUGGAGCUUCAACUUGGUCUGCCUCUUCCGGUUCAUCACUGUACUAGUAGUCCAAAUAUGGUCAAAGGGUUGGACCUAAACGACCAGUACAGUUUGGAAUACCCAAAUGAGGUCUCACUCGCAUCGUCAUAUGGGUGGGAGUGCAACAGCCAUGGUGGCACCAACAGCAAGCGCAGUUUCGAGGAUGCUUUUGGGAUUUUUAAUAAGAAAGGAUCAGAUGAUGAUCAUGAUAAUAAUAUAAAGAGUAAUAAGACUGGUUUGUUGGUAUGGGAUGGCAACGAGGAAGAUGAUCAGAAGGAACACAAGAAAAGAGAUACUGAUUCCAUCAACCAGCUGAAUGACAGUAGUGAUGGAGAAAGUUAUGUGGUUGGGUGGCCACCGAUUAAAUCAUCGAGAAAAAAGGAGCUCCUACUUCGACAGUACGGCCAUAUUGGUAGGCAGAUAAUGAAGAACAAUCGGCCGAGUACUGUUCGUACUGCAACUCUCAAGAAAAUUAGCAAUACUAAUAAAGCAUCAUCAAAUAAUUAUUGUAAUGAAUCAGUGUAUGUAAAGGUUAAGAUGGAAGGCGUGGCAAUAGCAAGGAAGAUUGAUCUCAGCCUCCACAACUCUUACCAAGCACUUAAAAACAACUUAAUUACUAUGUUCACCGACUACGAUAAAAAAUUUACCGAAGACAAUAUUGGAGGCUAUACACUUGCUUAUCAAGAUAAAGACGGUGAUUGGCUUCUGGCUGGAGAUGUUCCCUGGAAAAGCUUCAUCAAGUCUGUGCAGCGUCUGGAGAUAGUAAAACAUGGUGUGGUUAAUUCUCUUUGAUUCAGCUCUCCAGUAACCAACGUUUUGGCUCUUUUAUUAUUAUAUGUACUACUAGUUCAGUCCAAUAUAGCAAGACAUAUAUGUUAUUGUAUAAGUGAUUGUUAUAAUGCUAUCAAAGAAAAGUUGCAUUGAAAUUAAAACCAGAAAGGGGGAGAAAGUUACAAAAUUAAAAAAAAAAAAAAAGUAAAAGUAAAAGUGAUUAUUAUUAGCUUAUCUGUUGUAAUGUUUUACAAUUAAGAAUAUGUAAUAUAUGUAUCUCUUUAAUUAGAUAAGCAAAUUAAUUGUCUAACAA